CAAGAGAAGAGAAAAAUCAAGGGUGUGUUUUUUGUUGUUGUUUUCCAUUGGGAAUCCAGACCAGAUUGAUGGAAACAUAUCCCUCCCCCUUUCUUUUCCAUUUCCAGGCUGUUUGUGGAAGAGACUGCAAGGAAAAAAGAUAAAGGCCUGGAUGCAUUUCAUCUAACUAGGAUCCAUCCUGACUGGGAGAAAAGAAUGGGUCUGAGACAGCCAUGGUGUCUCACCAUUUUGCUUCUUCUCAAAAUGUCCUGCAUCUUUGGUGAGCCAAUUUUAAAGCAAUCGGUCCGCAGGAUCCAGCCUGGAGAGAGACCUUACAGCCUUUCUGCCAAACGUGGUUCAGACAACCAUGGAACAUGGACCACGUGGUUCAACAUUGACCACCCCGGAGGCAGUGGGGACUAUGAGCGCCUGGAUGCCAUCCGUUUCUACUACCGGGAGAGGCUCUGCCCAAAUCCCCUCCGCAUUGAAGUCCGGACAACUGACUGGAUCCCUGCAGACAACACAGGCCAAGUGGUCCACUUCAGUACCCAGGAGGGGUUCUGGUGCCUAAACAAGGAGCAGCCGGAAGGGCAGACCUGCUUGAAUUAUGCGGUGCGCUUCCUGUGUCCAGCAGAUUCCUUACCUCAGGAUUCAAAAACCCUGUGGUCUUCAUGGUCAAAGUGGAGUGAGUGCUCUGCAAAGUGUGAUCAAACUGGCAUCCAGACCCGGACCAGGACUUGCUUAGCUGAAAGCCUUUUGGACCCACGCUGUGAAGAAGUGAGCGAAGAAGGGAGGCGCUGCCUGGGAUCACCUUGCUCAGUGUGCAACCUGACUUGCUCCAUGGGCCGCGUGAAUGCAGAGUGCGAUGCUUGCAUGUGCGAGGAGAAUUUGCUGCGAGGAAAGGUCUCCCUUCCGGACGGGGCCCCUGCGGUCGCUGCCUCCAUCUACUUACAGGCCAAAGCAACCAAGUUGCUAACCAUAACGGAUGACAAUGGAGCAUUUCACAUUCCUGGCAUCUGUCCUGAUGGGAAAACAACCUUGGAGAUUAAAAAGCCAAGAUACAGAACCGCUUUGGUCACGGUGCCAGCAAAUCCUGGACGUUCCUCUUUGGUCCAGGUUCACUUGAAAAGAUCAGAAAAACCAUAUAUGGUGACCCAUCCAGAAAGCAAAGCGAGAAGAGAGGGGCAAAGUGUUUCGUUCUGCUGCAAUGCCGUUGGAGACCCAGUUCCCAGUCGAUAUUUUUGGUUCCACAACGAAACCCUUCUGGACCCGAUGCUGUACAAAUACAAGAACAACCUGCUGCUCAAGAACUUGAAGGCGGACCAUUCUGGGCAAUAUUUGUGCAAGACCAGCAAUGAGGCAGGUUCUGUGAAGUCACAAGUGGCCACUCUUUCCAUUAUAGGAAAGAAUGAAGCUCCCUGCAACCCAAAGCCUGAGGGUCAUUUUAUUCAGCUUCCCCAUGACUGCUUCCAGAACUCAACCAACUCCUUCUCCUAUGACGUUGGGAAUUGUCCACCCAAGACAUGUGCUGGAGCAUUAGACAAAAGCCUCCGCUGCAAGGACGGCGUCACCAACUGCUGUGGGGCCACCAAAAUGGAGAUGCGAGAGCUGUCGUGUGCCGGAUACACCCUUCCCAUCAAAGUGACGGUGGAGUGCGGUUGUCAGAAAUGCACUGAGGCCAAAGUCGUGGUUCGAGGGAGAGCUGUGGCUUCGGACACAGAUGAGCCCAUGAGGUUUGGCCACAUUUUCAUGGGGAACAACCGGGUCGGCAUGACAGGUUACAAGGGGACCUUCUCAGUUCAAGUGCCACCGAACACCGAGAGACUAGUGCUCACGUUUGUGGAUCGCUUGCACAAAUUUGUGAACACCACCAAAGUGUUGCCUUUCAACAAGAAUGGUGGAUCCGUCUUUCAUGAGGUCAAGAUGUUACGGAAGAAGCCGCCCAUCACUUUAGACUCCAAUGAGACUAGUAUGAUCUCCUUGGGGGACAUGGAGGGAGAUGAUCCCAUGGGAAAACUGGAAAUCCCUCCCAAUACAUUUUACAGACAGAAUGGAGACCCCUACACAGGGAAAGUCAAAGCCAGUGUGACUUUCCUGGAUCCAAGGAACGUCUCCAAUGCAGCCAUGGCACAAAGUGACUUGAAUUUUGUGGACGAUGAAGGCGACAUGCUCCCACUGCGGACUUACGGCAUGUUUUCCAUGGAUUUCACUGACGAAGCGGCCACAGAGUCUCUCAAUGCAGGAAAAGUCAAAGUCCACCUGGAUUCCUCCCAAGUCCGGAUGCCAGAACACCUGGAAGGCAUGAAGCUUUGGUCUCUCAACCCACAGACAGGCUUAUGGGAGGAAGAAGGGGACUUCCAGCUUGACCGGAGCCAGCGCAGCAAACGGGAGGAACGGACAUUUCUGGUCGGCAACAUGGAGAUCAGGGAAAGGCGGCUUUUCAACCUGGAUGUGCCAGAGAGCCGGCGGUGUUAUAUCAAGGUGCGUACUUACAGGAGCGAGAGGUACCUGCCCAGCGAGCAAGUGACGGGAGUGGUGGUUUCAGUCAUCAAUUUGGAACCCACACCGGGAUAUUCUACUAACCCUAGAGCGUGGGGCCGCUUUGACAGUGGGGUGACCAGCUCCAAUGGAGUGUGCGUGCCGGCCUUCUGCGAUGACCAAAACCCGGAUGCCUAUAGUGCCUACAUCAUGGCAAGUCUUGGGGGAGAGGAACUUGAGGCUGUCCCUUCCUCGCCAAGGCUUAAUCCAUUUGCCAUCGGAGUCCCACAGCCCUACCUCAGCAAGCUCAGGUAUCAGCGGACGGAUCACUUCGAUCGCAAUGUGAAGAAGACUGCUUUCAGGAUCAGCGUGGCCAAGCCCUCCCCUAAUGCUGCCGAAGAGAGCAACGGGCCCAUUUACCCCUAUGAAAAGCUGCAAGAAUGUGAAGCAGCUCCUUACACGGCUGCUCAUUUCAGGUUUUACAGGGUAGAGGGGGACCGCUACGACUAUAACACGGUUCCAUUCAACGAAGAUGACCCCGUCAAUUGGAUAGAGGACUAUCUGGCUUGGUGGCCCCGGCCAGUGGAGUUUAGAGCAUGUUACAUUAAGGUGAAAAUCAACGGGCCUCUGGAGGUCAACAUACGGUCUCGCAACAUGGGCGGCACUCACCCCCGGACUGUUGGAAGGCUCUAUGGCAUCAGAGACGUGCGGAGCAUCCGAGACUUGGACUACCCCAACCUUUCGGCUGCAUGCCUCGAAUUCAAGUGCAGCGGCAUGUUAUAUGACCAGGAACGUAUCGAUCGGACCCUCGUGAAAAUCAUCCCACAGGGAAGCUGCUACAGAGAGAGCGUCAACAGCAUGUUGCACGAAUACCUAGUCAACCACCUUCCUGUUGCCGUUAAUAAUGACUCCAGCCAAUAUACCAUGUUGGCUCCUCUUGACCCGCUGGGCCACAACUAUGGUAUCUACACCGUUACAGAUCAGGACCCGAGGACGGCCAAGGAAAUAGCUUUGGGCAGAUGUUUCGAUGGCACCUCGGACAGCUCCUCAAGGAUCAUGAAGAGCAACCUCGGUGUCGCGCUCACUUUUAACUGCCAAGAAAGAGAUGCGCAACAGCAAAAUUUGUUCCAGGCUCUGCGGAACGUGCCCAGCCAGUAUCCAGCAAGACCUCUUCGAGAGAGGAUCGGCGUACGAAGGCCGAGCCAAAGCCGCAGAGCUCUGAUCCGAGGGAAGGGCAUGCCCUUGGUUAGAAUUCCUCAAAAAGCCCAAUAAGCUCCCAGCUGCCAUCUCCGACUCUCUACUAGCAGCUCUAUGAAGAUGCCAGAGUAUUUGGAAAUGCAUGCAUCAGUGGUGGCAACAGUCCCUUCCAGCAUGAGUCAUGAGUCCACUCCGGAUUUUCUUCUGAACUGUA